AUGUAUAAGAUCGAUCGAAAUGUUUAUUUGGUUGUUCUGAUGGCUUUUCUUGCAACGAUAUCUGUCGUACAAGCAGCAGUGAUUCAAGAGGCGGUUGACAGUGACAUUGUUCAAUAUCUUGGCUCGAAAGCUGCAAUCGGCUGCGGUCCUUGUUGUAAAUGUGCUUGCUAUGGUACUCGGUGUACCUAUCCAUGUAAUGCCGGUUAUGCUCCUGGCGAUUGUUUUAUUGUUGGCAAAUAA